UAAAAAUAAAAAACCAAACUUUACACAUGUGACAUGUGGAGUGAAUGUUAAUUAAUUACCUAAAAUUUCCUAUAACCAUCCCAAAAAGUUUAUUUUUGUUUUGAAUGAGAGAAAUUUUGUGAUUGUGACUUGCAAACAUGACGUAUAAGAAAACUUUAAUCAUUGGAUUUGCAUUCUCUGGGCUAAUUUUAUUAAUUGCACUUGCCACUUACUAUAUCUCGCUCGGUGAAUGCACAAGUGGAUAUCUCGCAUGCGACAACGGCAAAUGUAUUCCUCAGAAGCUUAUAUGCAAUUUCAAUCGGGACUGUCUCGAUGGACAAGAUGAAAAUCCAACAAUGUGCGGAAACUUUUAUGGAUCAAAUAUAGUGGAAACAACCAAUAAAAGACUAGGAAGGAAGCUUUUACUUGAACGGUUUAUGCUAUACAACUUGACAACUAUAAAGGAAUAUGAUAAUAAAUGCGUUCUUGAACAAGAUGAAAUUCCACAAGGAUGUGAAUGUGUCGCUAUCUUCCAAAUUAAUUGUAAGGAUGGCAAUAGAACAAGCAUUCCACAAACAUUUCCCACGAAUGUCGUGAGGAUUCUCUUGAAUAACAAUCGAAUUAACCUUGAUUCAAACGACACAUUUGGGGCAUAUGGAAAUCUCACAUACUUGGAUUUGAGUAACAACACUAUAACGCACAUUCCAUCACGAAUCAUCCACAAUAAUAUGGAAUUACGAAAACUAUAUCUGCGAAACAACAGGAUUGAAAAGCUUCCGGAUGAUUUAUUCAAGUCUUCAACUUUAUUGCGCUGGCUACUUUUGGAUUAUAACAAGAUUCAAGAUUUUGAUUUGAAAAUACUUUCAAACUUAAAGAAUCUCCAUUUGUUAAGAUUAGACUACAAUAACUUGAAAUUACGUAAAAUGAUAUUUCCUGAACUACCGGCUCUUAAUGAACUGUUUCUUGACGGCAACUACAUAAUGGAUAUCACAAAGGAUCACAUUGUCAAUUUGUACAAUCUAACCUUAAUAUCACUUCGAUAUAAUCUCAUACAGUCAAUCGAUGCAUCCACAUUUACUCAUCUCAGUGAAUUGCUAGACUUACGUUUAUCUGGAAAUCCCAUUACAAAUCUCGACAGCGGAGCUUUUGUGAAUCUCAAAAAAUUGAAUGCAUUGUACUUGGAUGAUAUAUUUGCCGACAUAGAUUACGACAUACUCUCAACUUUAAAUGUUUCAUUGCUGAGCUUACGAGGAAUUCCUUAUGAUAGAAUUAAUUUUAAUGCCAUUGAGAAAAUACAAAAGUUGGAGCAUAUUGUAUAUAAGAAAUUUGUGUACUGCUCGAAUACAGCUUUUGUAAAGAAAUGCUAUCCCAAAACAGACGGAAUUUCGUCAACAUCCGAUUUGUUGGAGAAACGAAGUUUACGUUAUUCUGUGUGGAUUAUGGCAAUCUUGACCUGCGUUGGAAAUGCAUCUGUAUUAUGGGGUAGAUUGCAUGAUGAGAAUCGCUCAGUGAGUCUCGUAAUACGAAAUUUGGCAAUUUCUGACAUGAUAAUGGGAAUUUAUCUCAUCAUUAUUGGAUAUAUGGAUAGUCGUUAUCGAAAUGUGUAUCAUGAAAAUUCAGGCAAUUGGGUCAAAUCAUGGGAAUGUGCAUUGUCUGGAAUGCUUGCGAUGACCAGCUGUGAAGUUUCCAUCCUAAUUUUAACAUUCAUGUCAAUUGAGCGAUUCCUUCUCAUAUCAGAUCCAUUUGGACACCACAAACUUGAUACGAAAAAUGUUAUUUUCUGUCUAUACUUAAUAUGGCUAGUUGGUAUAUCCAUUGCCAUUUUACCGGUUAUACUAUUUCAUUCAUCGACAAAAUUUUACGGUGUUUACAACAGCGGAACAUGCUUUCCCUUUUUCAUCGAAGAGGUUUAUUCGACUGGAUGGAUUUAUUCAGCAUGUAUUUUCUUAGGGAUUAAUUUCAUCCUGCUCGUUUUAAUUGCUGUACUUUACACAUCCCUUCUCUUCUCAAUUUUCCGUACACGACGUGCCACAAGCUUAAAUUUCUUCGAUUGUGAAUUCGCUAUAAGGUUCUUUUUUAUCGUCCUAACGGAUGUAAGCUGUUGGGCACCGAUUAUAGUUUUGAAACUUUUGGCUUUAUACAAUGUCGAAAUAUCAGGAGAUGUCUAUUCAUGGCUGGUCGUCUUCGUCUUACCAUUAAACUCAACUAUCAAUCCACUUCUAUUUACAUAUACAACGCCAAAGUACCGUGAUCAAAUAUUUUCAGCAUUUAUGAAACCAAAAGACUUGAAGAAGCAGGAAAGUAGCUCAAAUCAAAUAACUGCCGAUGAAUCUCAGACAAAAGUGAGCUUACUCUACAACUCAAAUGGUUCAAUCUCAAAAUGGAAAUUUUUUACAAAAUGAGAAUUAAAUAGCAGUAAAAUUUACAAAUUGUAGCUUUCUUUGAAAGGGAUUUAUACUGAAAAACGAAUUUACAUUUUUUGUGUAUUCAUGUCAUAUUCAUAUUUAUAUAUCAGGCAAGUAAGGAAGUCAAUAUACGUAAAUUAUUGCUGUUGAUGCAUUUUUCGAUGUGAUAAUCUAGUGAGAUAUAAGAUGUAGGAGUCUGAUGAGGUUUUGAUCUAACCUAAAAUUAUGAUUGACACUUGAUUGAGAUUUUAAGGAUGAAAUCCGGGCAAGCAUUAUGUUAUCCAUUAAAAAUUGGACUAGAGAACAUCAAAAUUUUAAUAAUUGAAGUAAUUUUCAUGUGAUUCUUUCAAUUUGAACAUCCUAGAACAAACUUAAUGAAAACAGUCGGUCACAUACGCACAAAAUGAUCCAGAGGUGUAGUCAAGAUUCAAAAAAGGUCCAGCCUUUAUCGUUAUAUAACUGUAUCAUGGGAAUACCUCACACAAACAGCCAAAAGAAACUUUUUCUGUUGACCAUGAAUGUUCACCUUACUCAUUCUUAUUAUCAUCAUCCGGAAAAUGCAUCAGAAUAUUCAAAAAGCUCAUUGCCAUGCCAUACAUAUACGUGUAUAUUAAAAUGUAGUAUGUAAAUUAUGAUAAUAAAAAUGUCCAAAAUGUUAAUAA